AUGUCCGUCAUAGAUUUGUGCACCGUCAUCCUUCUGCCACCAUCCAAUGCGGGGGCCCGUCUCUCGAACAGGCUUCAGUGUGCUAAAUUAGAAACGGUUUCAGAGGCGCCGAUGGCAGACAAAAUGCUGCAAAACUCUUUAAGUUCAAACAGGCCAUACAUUAAAGACUCCUAUCAACAAAAUGACCGAGUGCAAAAGGUCCCCUCUCAUUUCUGUUGUUUCGACAGGCCGCCCUUGUUUUUCCGCGCAGUUCUUAUCAGGCGAGAGGUACGCCAAGCAGUGGCAGAUACGAUCCUUUUCCUCAACCUUGUAGUUGAAAUAUCAUCGAACUGAUUAUUGUAAAUGACGCUGCCCGCAAAAAGCUUGACGGAUGAAUCUUCUGAGCUGAUAUUAUAUCAGUAACAAAAGUAAAACUCGAAAUAAACAUCCGCUUUUAGGGCGAGGUUCGUGGGAGCGUUAAGAAUUUCCCGGUUGGGUUUAAUAAUGAUAUUCAGUUUUGCCUGUAAAUACCCAAAGUAAUGAGAGGGCCAGAAGUUUUAUUGUUUAUGAGGAAUCCGUCCGCCACCGAGUUCAUCUUUUACCCAGUACUCCCUCCGUACUCCGUUCUGACACACCCAAUUAUUCCCCAGGUGGCUUGUGAAAGUUGUGAUGGUUCGACGAUGGCGGACCAUCAAACCCAAAAGUUCAUGGGAUGAUGCAUUCCUGGGGUUACUGGAUGAUGGCGUCCGUGGAGCUGGUAUUGAUCAACAAUUUUUUGAAGUACUGAUUGGCAUGUUCUAGGGCUAGUAUGACAAUUCUAGUGAGCUGUCCAGGUGGGUGGUGGAGUUUUAAUGCCCAACCAGCCGCUCGUUCCAACAUCCAAGUGGCUGGCAUCUCUGCAGGUCGGUGGGUGGGCUGGAAGAAGUUUUCCAUCCCGCGAUGAGGUGAGGUGAGAAGAGCGUGCUGAGAAUUACUGAGGGCGAUCAUCCCCAGCAGGAGAGUCGCUUGGACAAAACGCUUACGCUGUAGAACUGUUGUAGCGCCUUUUUUUUCUGUCCGAAGAACUAGAGUUAUUUUUAAGGGGGCUGUCGAAGCUUUCCCGAUGUACUACUACUGUACCUACCUCCUCUCGCCGCUCGGGCACGAACAUCCAAUGAGGUCCCAUAGCACUCGAAAGGUGCAGGGCGCGUACCCUACCCCUCACUUGCCACCAAAAUAAUAGGCGAGGCUUUGAGGAGUCUCAUGCAAUGCUCGAC